AUGGCCUUACAAAAGAAGUUCUCGAGCAACGAUAUGGAGUUGUUAUCGAUCGGCAAGUUGGUGGUGGUGGUGGUGGUGGUGGUGGUGCAGGGUAGUGGCCGACCAACGAGUGUUACCGAUCCGAAUGGGAACGGCCUACCGGGUAUCAUGAGCUGUGGUGGUGGCAAUAGCAACAACAACAGCGUAAAGAUGCCCUCGAAGAAGAUCCAGUUCAGCAAUCCCGAGUUCAGCAUCACGCCCAUCGAAACGCUACCCGGAAGUACGGUCCGACCGGCACCGAGUCGUCGAAGGGAGGAAGCAAUCGUAAUGGCCAACCUACGGAAACGCGUCGCCGCCUGCGAUCUGAACAAAAAUGUCCGCAAACCAGCCGCCAAUGCGGCUGCCGCAAAUCUGGACGACAUCAGCAUCAACGAUACGGGGCAAACGCAGGACGCACUCGACAAUCGGCCGCUGCUGCCGAAAUCGACGCCAACGGAGCAGCGCAAGGAGCGUCCCAAAAAUGGGUCCGGCAACGAUGCGGGUACCAGUGGCGGUGGCGGUGCCGAAGACUCACCGAAAGUAAAGAUCGUUAUGGACAAGGAGUUCAUUUUCGAGUGUCUGUGCUGGCACAACGAGUACCGGAUGCGACACGGUGCACCGGCCCUCACCGUGUCCGCGGAGCUGUGCGAGCUGGCCAAACUGUGGGCCAACCAUCUGGCCAGUACCAACGAGCUGUACUACCAGAGUGGCACCAACUACGGUCAGAACAUCUUCUGCUGUCCGGCCAACAGUCUGCUGACGGACCUUUCCGGUCAGGAAGUGGCCACGUACUGGUACAGCACGAACCGUCGGUAUGAUUACUUCAAGGAACCGCAUCUACUCCACACGAACGUGAACACGGGCCACUUCUCGCAGAUGGUGUGGCGAGCGAGCCGCUACUUUGGGGUCAGCAAGUCGAUCUCCAAGACGGGCAAACUGUUCGUGGUCGCGUACUACUAUCCGGCCGGCAACGUGAUGGGUGAGUUCCGGCAGAACGUGCUACCGCCGCUGGUGGCGAACGAAAGUGACGCCCCGCAGCAUCACCCGGGCGGUGGCCCCCAGGCCGCGGGUCACCUGUCGAGGCCACCGUCCGCCAAAGACCUGGAGAACCUCAGCACUUCCCACUGA